AUGAUUGAUGGAGAUGAAUAGAAGAAAAUGGAAAACGAGGGAUCAUAUGGAUAUUUUACAAUUUUAGCAGUUAAGUUUACAUCGUCUGAACAAUAAAUUGAUAGGUUGAUAUUGAUAUUUAACUUAAGAAAUUAUAACACUCUAAUAAAGUUUUACACUGACAAAGAAUAUCAGCAAGGAGACAGCUAGGAAAAUCUCAAUAAAACCAAUGAAGCCUACAAAAUAAUCAAGGACGAGAAGGCCAGAGAAUCCUAUAUGCACAAAUUAAUGAUUAGAUGUUACUUAAGCCAACCUUUCGAUUUGAUUUUGCCAAAUAAACAAAGUAUGGUCGUCUAUUGA